UUCUGUUUUGGUUGUAUUGCUGCAGGGCCCAAUUACUGUAAUCGCAAUAGCACCGGUUUCAUUCUAUUCUAUGUUCUUCAGUUGCUCGAGCAACUUGAUCAGUCCCGUUUCACAAAUUGAAAAGUUAUCAACGGCCGCCGGCUGCCAACUGACGAUUAUCAGCCCCUAAUAACUUACGUCUAUGUGUGUGUGUGUGUGUGUGUGCUCUUUUAUGUUUGUGUUGUGACGCAUUUAACUGCAAACGUGUAAAAAGUGGGGCGUGUUUUCCUAUUGGAAAAGCAGAAGAGAAGCAACCAAAACAACAAGCAACAAGUGCAUAGAAAAGUGAAGUAAAAUUAAAAAUUAAAAUUAAAAGCAGAAUAAACGGUAUCGCUUUAAUAAAAGCAAUGCUAAUUAAAAGAAUAUUAAGAAAAUAGUAGAAAAUUCAAACAAACAUAAAUGUGGUAAUUGAAAUGCGUCAAAAAUAACCCAAAAGUGAUAAUUAAAGUUUUCAAAGAAAUAUUGUAUAAUUAAUGCUUGAUAAGCUUUAAUAUACAGAAAAAACAAAACGAAAUAUGCAUCCGAGGUGUGAAUAUAAAAUCUAAAUAAAUACACAGAGAAUACAAAAUAUAAAAAAAAGACAUAAAAUCACUAAUAAAAUAAUCGUGCAAUUUUAAUUAAAUUACAUUUUGCAGAGAUUUUUAUAUACGUUUAGGGAAAUCGUAAGCUCAAAAUACGUAUUCACAAAACAAUAUGAAAUUAUAUUAAGUAAUAAUGAUAAUAAUAAUAUGUGCCUGAAACAUAAAAAAAAAGAAGAAUAUCCUAACCUCACCUUUGCACCUGGUCACACUAUAAAACCAAAUACAAUAACAGUAAAUAUUAAAAAAUGAUGUUGAACAAAUACGAAAGCUAUCAGCGCACAAACAUGUUCCCCCAUCAUCAACAGCAACAGCAACAACAACAGCAACAGCAAUUGCAGAAUCAACAGCAGCAGCAGCUUUCGCUCUCCCACUCGCACCCGCAGCAGCUGCCUCAUUCACUUUCCCAGCUACAGUACGUUAACAGUGCCGCAGGCAGCACAGCAGCAGCAGAGCUGGCCGCAGCCGCCGCAAUGCUGGCAGCAUCGAAAGCAGAGCGCGAAUCGAUUCAUUCGGGCCAAUUUAUGGUGUCGCACUUCGAAGCCGAGGAGGCGCAGGAUGAUCUCGAGGACGACGGCGAGGUGAAAAUGCUCGAUCCCGAGGAUCCUAGUCUCGAUAAGACCGGGGAACCGACAAACACCUGUCGCGAUGUCCAGUUAUAUGUGCCACAGACUGCCGUUAAUUUUCCGCGCAUGGAUCUGGAUCGCGAGUGCGACGAUAACAGCAUGGUGAGCAUGGUCACCUCACACCUCGAAAUCGAGACCUCGCUCACCAAACUCUUCAAGUGCAUGAAUCUGGCCUAUAGUCAAAAACUCACUUCGCCGAAAUGGAAUCACUUUAAGGGAGUACGUUUGCGUUGGAAGGACAAAAUACGACUUAAUAAUGUCAUCUGGCGUUGCUGGCAUAUGCAAUUUAUACAAAAGCGCAGAACGCCGGUGUGUCAAUUCGCAUCGCCGCUGGACGUUGACAUACAUAGUAAUCCACAAACCGUUGUGCUUGAGGGAAAGUAUUGGAAACGUCAUGCAGCUGUCAUCAAAGCCGAAUAUAGAAAAUGGCGCAAAAAUUAUAAAUCAAAAGCAAUUGGAUGCUUGACUUAUGAUUCGAAAAGUGAAUUGGACUUUUUGGAAUGGUCUCCGCUGAACGAUAGAAACUUAAUGCCAGACGACUGGACAACAGAUACAUUGUUCUCGGCAAUAAAUGUACCAUUUCCCUUUCCCGAUUCCAGAGAGAUCGCACGCGGUGCAGGCAUUGCGGAUUUUAUACAGCCAAGUCUGGGACCGCUGCAACCGAAUUUAGAUGAUAUCGAUAUUACGUUCUCAGAUUUGCUCACCACGACCUCGUCGCGUUUGCCACCUGUGCCCGAGGAGGGCACCGAUGCGGAUAUGCUUAAGGGCGACGACUAUUGCCUGCCUGCAAUUGUUGGCGCUCCGCACACGCUCUACACCAGCGACAACAUGAUGGAUGUGGUGGCCACCAGCAGCGGAGGCAGUGGAGGUGGGAAUGCUCAAGUGGAUGCCAGCAUGCUGGGGUUGAAUACGCCCAACAUUGGUAACAUGGGCUACGGCGACAUUGGACAACAGUUUACGGCGGCGAGGCAAGCGCAACAAACGGUCAACGAAUCGCAGCAACAGCAACUGCUGAGCGAUAGUCAGGCGACGCGAUUGCAUACAGUGAAGCACUUUGGUUCCAUUGGCAGCAAUGAUAGCAGCAAUCGUUGCUCCGUCGGCGACAGUUUCUCCAGCAAAAGCGUUAUCAACGGACGUGUUGCUAAGAAUACGCAGCGUCCUUUCCGCCGGGAGCCGCACAACUACGACAAGGCACAGCCGACGCUGCACCAGACGAACCUCUAUCAGCAGAUGCUGGCCGAGCAGCAAAAGAAUCAGCAGCAGCAUCUGAGUGGCGGCGCCGUGUUGCAGGCGUAUCAGACGCCCCAACAGCAGCAGCAGCAACAACAGCAGCAACAGCAGCAACAAUUGCAACAGCAACAACAGCAGCAGCAGCCGCGGCUGCACUUUCCUACGCAACAGCAACAGCAACAAAACGCUUACAAUACACAAGGUUUCUUGAACAACUAUACGGAUAGUUAUCAGCAACAGCAGCAGCAGCAGCAGCAACAACAGCUGGCCCCACAGCAGCAGCAACUUAAUGUCAAAGUGGAACCGCAUCAGUCAGACAUGAUGUCCUUAUUAAGCGAUGGUGCCUACAAUUCAAUUAGUUACAAACCAUACCCGCAGUUUAAAAAGUCAGCUUCAACCGGCACCUUUUUGAAUAUGCCACGCGUUCCACAACAACAACAGCAGCAGCAGCAGCAGCAACAACAGCAGCAGCAACAAAGUUAUUUGCAACAAGAGCAGCAGCAGUCGCAACUGCAGAUGCAACAGUCCCUGCCGUUGGGCUUGGGUCUAAGCGCACAACAACUUAUACAGCUGACACGCCAGCAACAAGCGAACACUGCACAGCAGCAGCAACAUCUGCAGAUGCAACAACAAACUGUCGCCAGUCUGCUGUUGCCACAGCAGCAAUCGCAACAGCAACAGUCGCAGCAGCAACAACAGCAGCCUGCCGUCAGCGUUGCCUCCUGGGCAACGCCCAACACAACCAUCUUGCCCAAGGAGAUGCAUCGCUCAAAUAGUCUCCCCCUAAAUGUAUCGCUACCCAAGCUCAUCCAUCACGAACAGCAGCAACAACCGCAACAGCAACAACAGCAGCAGCAGCAGCAACAGUUCGCCAUGCCCAAAUAUCAUGUGAAAAGCAAGGCACGGGGUCGCAGCAACUCAUACACAGUUAUUGCCGCCGGCGGCGGUUCGCCGAUCAACAAUGGACAUGGUAACAUAAGCAACAGUUGCAGCAAUUUGCUCGUCACACAACAAAUGCAGCAGGCGACCAGCGAUCCCAUGCUCAAUAGCACUCUAGCCCAACUGCUGACGUCGAAUACACGCCUGCAGGCCGCCGUAGCGAACAAGUCGCAUCAGUCAAAUUCUUCCGCACAUGCCAUAGCCAGCGGUGGCAGCAGUAGCAGCAGCAGCGGAGGCGGCAGCAGUAACAGCAACCAGCAGACGCAAUCGCUGUAUGCUGUUAGCAAUGCGGCAACCCCGCCGUUGUCGGUGCCUGUGCCGUUGCCAUCGCAGCACCACUCACCAAAGAAGUCGGCCUCGUUGCCCGUGACGAUCGCUGCGCCGGCGUUGCACAGUCCGCCCGGCUCGAAGAUGCUCAGUUUUAGUCAAGGCACCAGCAAUUUGGGCAGCAGUCUGAGCCUGUCGCCGGACUCGCCGUUCCACGACUCGCAGGAUUCGCCAUUGUCGCCGAGCAGCCUUAAGUAUCAGCCACGCGAUACACAAAGGCGCGCAGGGCACAUCCAUGCGGAGCAGAAGAGACGCUAUAAUAUUAAGAAUGGCUUCGAUACGCUGCACGCGCUCAUUCCGCAGCUGCAGCAGAAUCCGAAUGCCAAGCUGAGCAAGGCGGCCAUGCUGCAGAAGGGCGCUGAUCACAUCAAACAACUGCGACAGGAGCGGAACGUACGCAAGGAAAAAAUCGAAGCACUGCGCAUGGAGCGCGAUUCGCUAAACAACUCUUUGAUGCAUUUGCACUCUGUGCUGCCGGCGAAUGGUGCGCCUGUGACACGCCAGGGCACGGAGAAUGUGCGUCAGCUUUAUGAGGUCUAUGUGCGCUACAAGACAAUGAGCGAUUGGAAGUUCUGGAUUUUGGGUCUCAUCUUGGAGCCUUUGUUAGCCUCUUACACGUCGACCGUAUCCAGCGCCAGUUUGGAUGAGUUGCGUCGCACAGCCUUUCUCUGGGUGGAUCAGCAUUGUUCGCUUAUAGAUUUGCGACCAGCUGUAACAAAUAAAUUAAAGUACCUGUCCAUGCAUACCGAUAUCGUCUCGGAGCCGCCCAGCAAAAUGCAGGAUGAGGUGGCCAAGUCAAUGCAGAACACCAGCGGCCAGCAUCCCAAUCUGCAUGGCUCCUAACCGUUUUUGCUGGUCGUGAUAUGAAUUUAACCCAUUGCUACAACAAACCCAAUUCCCUUGGUUACUGCUGCUGCUCCUGACCACAGACUGCAGCUAUAAAUUGUACAAACCGCCACCCGCGAGGGGGACAGAUUUAUUAUAUGUAUGCAACGGAUGUAAUUGUUAAACGUCUAACACAAAGUUAAGACUCCCAACAGCCCGAAAGCCGUCAACAGAUGCAGCUGCAACUGCAGUUAGCGCCAUGCUAAGCAGCAUAUAGUGCCUACAAUUCUAUGACUUAAGGGUAAAAUAAAGAAACGAUUUUACAAUUUUUUCAAAA